AUGUCCUUAUACCACGACCCAGAAUUUCGACAACUUGAAAACGCAGUCUCCAAUGUAUUUGCAAAUUUCUUCACUGAUCUAGACACAGCUAAACGCGGUGGAAAUGUUCGUGCUGGAUCUCGUGGCGCAAAUAGUGGCAUCUCUUGGCUUCCUCCUCUUGAUGUCUACGAAACAGAUAAAGAGUUUAUAGUGAAUGCUGAAUUAGCUGGUGUUCCAAAAGAGAACGUAAACGUUGAUGUACGCAAUAACAUACUUCACAUCUCUGGUGAAACAAAACAAGAUCAGAAAUACAAAGAAGGCAAUACACAUAUCCAAGAGCGUCGUUUCGGCAAAUACUCGCGUAGUAUUUCGUUGCCAUCGAAUGUCAAGUCUGAUGAAAUAGCCGCGAAAUUCGAGCAUGGAGUAUUGGAAGUAAAGAUUCCGAAAUCGGAGAAUGCAAUUCCAAAGAAAAUCACUAUUCAAUAA